GGAAACAUGUCAUGAGAGGUGAUGACACAGCCACGGAGACAUAUCCACAUCCUCCCUGACUCCCAAGUUCGCCGCUCGCCGCCGCUCCUGCUGCUGCUGCUGCUGCGUCCCACAGAGGAGAGAGAGAGACAAAGAUAGCCUCACCUCUCUCCCCCGACCUCUCUCUCUCUGUCUCUUCCUCUUUUUUUCACUUUGUUUGUGGAUGAUGGGAUUUUAAUCAUGUGGAAGACAGCUGAGCGGCUCUUCUGGAUUUCGCUGACACUGCGCCCGGUCCCGCCUGGCCUCCUAUGAGCAGGAUGGACACUCUGGAGUCAGAGCUGACCUGCCCAAUCUGCCUGGAGCUCUUUGAAGACCCGCUGCUGCUCCCCUGUGCCCACAGCCUGUGUUUCGGCUGCGCCCACCGCAUCCUCAUCUCCCACUGUGCCACCAACGAAUCCGUUCAAAGCAUCGGCGCCUUCCAGUGCCCCACCUGUAGAUAUGUCAUUUCCCUGAGUCCGGAGCGUGGAUUAGAAGGACUUAAGAGAAACGUGACCUUGCAGAACAUUAUUGAUAGAGUUCAGCGGGCCUCAUCUUCAGCUGGGCUGCCUCUGCCGCUGCCGCUGCCCGCGCCCCACAGCGGGCCCAACUCUCCCGGCGAGGAAGGGAGCAACCGACUGGCGCUGGUCCCUGUCAGCGCCGCCAUGUCCAGCCCGGGUACGCCCCCGGAACCGGUCCAGUGCCAGUUCUGCGAGCAGGACCCACCACAGGACGCCGUCAAAACUUGCGUGACGUGCGAGGUGUCGUACUGCGAGGAGUGCCUCCGAGCAACUCACCCGAACAAGAAGCCGUUCACGGGCCACCGGCUCAUCGAGCCCAUGCCGGACUCCCACCUCAGGGGGCUCCAGUGCCUGGAGCACGAGGAGGAGAAGGUGAACAUGUACUGUGUCACUGACGAUCAGCUGAUCUGCUCGCUGUGCAAACUGGUGGGACGGCACAGGGACCACCAGGUGGCAGCACUUAGCGACCGCUAUGAAAAACUCAGGCAAGCCCUGGACUCCAACCUCAGCAAUCUGAUCAAGAGGAACAACGAGCUGGAGGCGCUUAUGGGGAAGCUGAUCCAGACCUGUCAACAUGUAGAGGUGAACGCGUCCCGUCAGGAGGGCAAGCUCCUGGAGGAGUGCGACGUCCUGAUCGAGAUCAUCCAGCAGAGGAGGCAGAUCAUCGGCAACAAGAUCAAGGAGGGGAAGGCGCAAAGGCUCCGGAAGCUCGCCCAGCAGAUCUCCAACUGCAAGCAGUGCAUCGAGAGGUCCUCGGCCCUCAUCGUGCAGGCCGAUCAGACGCUCAAAGAAACCGACCACGCUCGCUUCCUGCAGACAGCCAAGAGCAUCAACGAGAGGGUUUCCAUGGCGACUGCAUCAACCCAAGUGCUCAUCCCCGAGAUACAUCUGACGGACACCUUCGACAACUUCGCCCUCGACUUCGGCAGAGAGAAGAAGCUGCUGGAGAGUCUGGAUUAUCUUACUGCUCCAAACGCUCCGUGCAUCAGGGAGGAGCUGUGCACGGCCUCCUACGACACCAUCGCGGUCCACUGGACGUCCGAUGAUGAGUUCACAGUGGUGUCCUAUGAGCUCCAGUAUGCCAUCUUCACAGGGCAGUCCAACAUUGCCAGUCUGUGCAACUCACUGGAGAGCUGGAUGAUUGUUCCCAACAUAAAGCAGAACCACUACACGGUGCACGGUCUGCAGAGUGGCACCAAGUAUAUCUUUGUAGUCAAGGCCAUUAACCAAGCGGGAAGCAGGAGCAGCGAACCGGGGACGCUGAAGACCAACAGCCAGCCGUUCAAGCUGGAUCCCAAAUCUGCCCACAAGAAGCUGAAGGUGUCCCACGACAACCUGACAGUGGAGCGGGACGAAACCACGUCCAAGAAGGGCCACAGCCAGGAGCGGUUCACCAGCCAGAGCAGCUACGGCGUGGUGGGGAAUGUCUUCAUCGACAGCGGCCGCCACUACUGGGAGGCUUUAAUUGGAGGGAGCACAUGGUACGCUGUGGGCAUAGCCUACAAAUCAGCCCCCAAGCACGAGUGGAUCGGCAAGAACUCGGCCUCCUGGGUGCUCUGCCGCUGCAACAACUCCUGGGUGGUCCGCCACAACAGCAAGGAGCUGGCCAUCGAGCCCUCGCCCCACCUGCGACGCGUCGGGGUCCUGCUGGACUACGACGCCGGCUACCUGACCUUCUACGACGCCGUGGGCUCCCAGCACCUGCACACGUUUCACGUCUCCUUUGUCCAGCCCGUGUGUCCCGUCUUCAACGUGUGGAACAAGUGUCUGACAAUCCUGACCGGUCUCCCCAUCCCCGACCACCUGGAGGGGCUGGAGCCCCAGGACUGAAAACUGCCAACAGACAAGAAUAAAUCAGCAUUAACUGCUCUUAACUUUUUGAUUUACCUAAAUUCAAUUCUGGUCAUGUGCACUUUUUUGUACCCAGAGGCAGUCACGAAACGGCGAGUGAAACAGCAGCUAGCGCGCAACUGCAGCUUCGACAUGCAAAGUGAGGCGUUAUUCCAUCAAGCUUCUCAAAUUCAGAAAAGCAAACAUAAUGCAGGCUCAUGCUGUCUUUGACUCUCAGGCUCAGUGAAAAGUAUUCGAGAUGGGUGACGGUGGAGCUGGAGGCGGUCCAGAAGAGACCAAAUGGACUGAGCUGAGCCAGGAAUUCCUGCUCUGGGGCCCGUGUUUGUGUCGCUGCAUCGAGGAAACAAGCCACAAAUCAAUUUCUAAUUUUCACCUUAUCAGAUAUAGCACUUUGGAAAUCCCUGAAAGCACACACACACACACACACACACACACACACAAACAGACACACAAACACCUCCACUGCAUACAAACACACACAAACAAAAAAAACAAGUGCAAAUACACACACCCCACUCCGUCUUCAAUCAAUCACAGUUGCUGGAAAAAGCAGAAUAUUAAAUGUAUAUUUUGUAAAUUUAACACCCCUCCCACCCCCCAUUGUCCCCUCGUUCAUUAAAAAGAAACCAAAGUAGCCAUUGCCGUCUGUCCAGAUGUCUUUACAUAGAUUUAAUUUACUUAAAUAAAGUUAAUAAAUGCUGAAUUAUUUUUAAAAAGUGGCAGAGAGGACUUAAUUAGCACGAUGCUAAUAUUAAAUGCAGGAUUCCCUUAAAGGUAGACCUUGUUUUUGCACAUUGUUCAUACUUUAUUCAUAGUUUUGUAGCCUGAAAAUCUAACUCUGGUGCAAUUAACAUGCAUUCAUUCAUUCAUGUGUCAUGUUCUCUGUGAGUUAUCGUGCUCAUUUCCUUUUUUGGCAGCCGGAGAAGUCCCGCCGUUCUGAUGUGAUGUGUGUGAGUUGUGUAGCCCCGGGUUAUUAUUGGAGCUGAGGGGUAAAAAGCUCAUUUGCGUGUGUUUUUCUUUUUUUUCUCUCUCUUUUUUUCUAUUUAACAAGCGAGACCUGUUUGUUCUGGUGCGCCAACACUCCAGAACCAUCCACACGCUUUUAACAAAGAGCGUUCUUUCGUUUUACCACCAAAAAAUUAAAAAUUUUAAACGUCUUUUUCACAUUGGAGUCUUUUGUUCAUCAAAUCUACGUGCAGCACAUUGAAAAGGUUGAAUUACACCCCUCCUUCACUUUGCACAUCCAUGCACAGGGAGCUGCCCUCAGACUUGUUGCACAUCGCUCUUCACUGAUUGGCUGAGUCUUGAUUUGAAUUUUCCCUCCUUCCUUGCUAUUUUAAAAGGGGACACAGCAGCCUAGAGAUUUGGACAUGUGAUUCUCAAAGGUUUAGAUCCUAACAAUGGAAUAUAUCCACAUGCGAUAAUAUUGUUCUGUGUAAUAAUGUUUAAGAGUGACAAAAAUGGCGCUCCUCAGUGUAAAUACAGAGAUCUGGUUAUUGCUUUGUUUCAAUACCUGGUACACUUAACAGUCUGAUGAGAAAUAGCAACCUGCUCUUUAACUCUGUGUUUCCUCAGCAAUUAAUUGAACUGUAUGUUUUCAUUGUAUCCGACGCGAAUACGUAGUGCUUAAUUUAAUGUUCCCAUUUGAACUUUAUGACCAUGGUGUGACGUGCGCUGUCUCUGUGGACACUUUUAUCUUUUAUGGAAAAACAGGAUAUGAGUGCUUGCAUCACUGUCGUCUGAGAUAUGUCUAUGAAAAGGUCAGAAAUAAA